UAAAUGCCCUGUUCGUCUUUCUGUUGCGCCAUAAACAGAAAUUAAAGAUGUAAAUCUUAUCGUAGACUGUUUAUUAAUUGUGCGUGGGAAGAUGGGGUAGUUUUAUAUUAUAUGAUAAUGCAUUUCAUCUGUAUUUUGUGUUAUGAAAUUGUUUAGUUUUGUGAGGAUUUCAUAUUUGUGACCGUUUCUAUGAGUUCAUGAAGCCUGUAGGGCCAGGUAUUUGUGCUACGUGUGCGUGUUGAAAGGUUGACACCCCGCAUUGAUAUCUUUACUUCAAGCUCCAGUGAACAAGCCGUAAAGCAACAACAUCGCAACCCCGGGAACAACGGGAGAGGACAUGAUAAUCGUGGAUCGGGCCCGUAUUUCUAUUCUGCAGCGCCUACGCCGAGCUCAUUGAGUCGGUAGCCAACGUCCGACAUGGGGAAGGAGGUAAACGGUGUUUCACGGAGCCGGUUUGAGAUGUUCACAAAUAGUGACGAGGCAGUCAUCAAUAAGAAGUUGCCUAAGGAGCUGUUGCUACGAAUCUUUUCCUUUCUGGAUGUGGUGACACUCUGUCGAUGUGCCCAGGUCUCACGGUCYUGGAAUGUCCUGGCCUUGGACGGCAGCAACUGGCAGCGAAUCGACCUCUUUGAUUUUCAGAGGGACAUUGAGGGUCGGGUGGUGGAGAACAUUUCAAAGCGAUGUGGGGGCUUCCUUAGAAAAUUGAGCCUAAGGGGUUGCCUGGGUGUUGGUGACACCGCCUUGAGGACUUUUGCACAGAACUGCAGAAAUAUUGAGCUACUUAGCUUGAAUGGCUGCACCAAGAUUACUGACAGCACGUGUAAUAGUCUCAGUAAGUUCUGUCCAAAGUUAAAGCACCUGGACCUCGCCUCCUGUACCUCAAUCACCAACCUGUCUCUUAAAGCUCUCAGUGAAGGUUGCCCUUUGCUGGAGCAGCUGAACAUUUCCUGGUGUGAUCAGGUCACAAAGGAUGGCAUCCAAGCUCUGGUGCGCUCCUGUCCCGGGCUCAAAGGCCUCUUCCUAAAGGGCUGCACACAGCUUGAAGAUGAGGCUUUGAAGCAUAUCGGAGCACACUGUCCAGAGCUGGUUACUCUCAACCUGCAGACAUGCUCGCAGAUCACAGAUGAUGGCCUCAUCAUUAUUUGUCGGGGUUGCCACCGCCUGCAGUCUCUGUGUGUGUCGGGUUGUGCCAACAUUACAGACGCCUUCUUGCACGCCCUGGGACAGAACUGCCUGCGUCUCAGAAUAUUAGAAGUGGCUCGCUGCUCUCAGCUCACAGAUGCUGGCUUUACUCCAUUAGCAAGGAAUUGCCAUGAACUUGAGAAGAUGGAUUUAGAAGAAUGUGUACAGAUCACAGAUGUAACUUUGAUCCAGCUGUCCAUUCACUGUCCUCGUCUGCAAGUCCUGAGUCUGUCUCACUGUGAGCUGAUAACGGACGACGGCAUCAGACACCUCGGCAGCGGCCCCUGCGCUCACGACCGCCUGGAGGUGAUCGAGCUGGACAACUGCCCCCUCAUCACAGACGCCUCGCUGGAGCACCUGAAAAGCUGCCACAGUCUGGAUCGCAUCGAGCUUUAUGACUGCCAGCAGAUUACCCGCGCAGGCAUUAAAAGACUACGGACUCAUCUGCCUAACAUCAAAGUGCACGCGUACUUCGCUCCUGUCACUCCGCCCCCCUCCGUCGGGGGCAGCCGUCAGAGGUUCUGCCGCUGCUGCAUCCUGCUAUGAUGCAAAGACAAGACCUCCACCCCCGCCCCUCCUCCUGCAAACCUCCCUACUCGGCGUGUUCCUCCCCCAACCCAAUGCCACACCGUCUCGUCUUCUAAAGAAAAAGGAUACAGGAAACUUCAUGCUGGUGUGCCCGCUCUGCUUUCUUCUUUCUCGGAGCUCCAGAGAACGACGGAGAACCAAACGGGAUUCAAGAUUCUGGAUGAACUACUCUGGAAACGGUUUUGAGUCCCAAAUCAUACACGGUUAACACGAACAUCGGUGGGCACAUCAGUAUUAUUAAGAGGGGCUGUGCGAAUAACAGCUGUGUUCAUCAGUGCUACAAGAUUUUCCUUUCAAUCAAAUGAAGUAUGGACAACUCCCCCCUCCACCCUUCCAGUAAAACUGAGGAUUUUCACAAAGAUCCCCUCCUCCCAGUUUUUUUUCCCCCUGGUUUCGAAGGUCACUCAAAAGCUACCUCUAAACAGGAACUGCACUUGAGUAAGACCGACGUUUGCUGAUUUAUUUCAAAAUAAAAGCAGCAGUGACAUAGCUGAAAAACUGCCAACACCUCCAACACACACACACACACACAUGCACACACAGCAGCAGAGAGCAAUUAUUUUUGUUCCUUUUAAGAAUAUCUGCAGCCAUUUGCACCUACAAUGAAAAAGAGAAACAAUGAUCAGACACUUUACUAACACACGCUGGCGCCCACAGCCGUUCUCCUCUCGCCUCUCUCCGUUACAAUCAGGCGCUUCAAGAUACUGAAGAGAAUAGAAACAAAAGUUGAAAUAUUUUUCUAGAACUCAGACUCACAAGUCGGGACAUAAGAAGAUGCCAAAUGUUGCAUGUGACUCCUAGUCCUUUUUUUUUUUUUUUUUUUUAAUAAAAAAUAAAAAAUAAAAUAAAUAAGUGUAAAUAUAUAGGAUUGCAAGUCGAAGCCAGCUAAGAAGCAGCAACAGGACAGUGACGUAAGCUGUGGGUGGAGACAUCCACCCAUCAGAGGUAGCUCCAGCAAAGUCGGAGCAUGCUCGUUUACACACUGAUCUGCUGGGGAGUUUAAGCCAGAUCUGUCUGAUUUGCUGGCCUGUUACAGCUUAUGUUAACAACAACAAACUUUUCUUUUUUUUUUUUUUAUUUCCCCGAGAAGAAGUGUAAAAAUAAGACCCAACAUCACUACAGGAAUUCAAGCUGAAGGACAAUGGAAAGAUAAAGCCAACUUAAAAAAAAAACCUCAACAACAAUCAAUCCUAGAUUGUUUACUUUCAGUUAGUUUGAGUUCACUGAGUUGCUUUUUCUUUCGCCUGGAGGACUAAGGAAGCGGUAGUGGUCGAGAGCCUCAGUUCCUCGGAGGCCUUGCAGGGAUCCUUCCGGCCGUCCGGGACGAGCGACCCUGAAGCCGCUCCGAGAGAAAGCUGACUGAAUCUGAGGCCUGCAGCGGCGGAGCUUCUAAAGGACUUCAGCUCCGUGGCCCUUUGAAGUAUUGAAGCCUUUUCUUAUGAAUCGCCCUGUCCUGCUCUCACACCUGCUUCAUUCUAUCUCUUUAUAUAAAUGUUUUUUUUUGUUUGUUUUUUUUCCCCCCUCCCCUUCUGGCUGUAAUUUCCUCUGAGUUUUUCACUCUCUUUGUUUUGCUGUGGUUUGGAUUCUGUCUCCGUUGUGUUUGAAGCCAUGAGUCCCGUCUCUACGGAAUGAUUUUAAGCCUAAUUUCCGAUCCCGGUUUUGAUCUGAUGGAGUUUGUUUUCAUUAAGUUUGUUACUAAAUGUGUAGCAUUUGUCCGUGGGAAGUAUUGGCAUCAGUGCAAUCGUACUUUUUUUGUUUUGUUUUUAACUACAUAUAAGUUGGGGUUAAGGGCGAUUAUUGCUGAAUGUUUUAAUCGAGGAGAAGGAUCUUAUCGCAGCAGAAUGAUUCUCAUUUCCACCCACACGCAUUUUUUAUUUGCCUUGUUUUAAGAAAAAGAAACCCUUUACUCAAUGUUCUCUGCCUAAAUGCUUCAAACAAAGCGAUAAAUAAGGGUAUUUGUCACCAAUUUAAUGUGCAUUGCAACAAAUUGGCAUUUGCCAAAUCCAAAAUUAUGAUUCUAUUCGGUGCACAUUUUUUAUUUUAUUUUUGGAAGGGGCUUUACGAAAGUAUUUGUAAAGAGAGGAGUGUGUAAAGUUUGGAAAAGGUGACAGACUCUGUCUUUGGGCUCCAGAAGACAAGAUUUUAAUCCGGGAUGUAAAACCUGCUUGUCCUCAAGUUCACCAGUGCAGCUAAUAGCGACGUGCUUUCAACCUGCUCCUGAACGUUUCAUGUGUAUUAAAGAAUAUGUCAUUUGAUGCUUCAAACAAAAAAAACAAAAAAAAAAAGAAGAGAGAAAAACACUACAAGUUCCACCUUGAACUUAUGUUUCCAGAGCAGUAUCAAACUCUUAUCUUUAUAUCUGCGCUCUAGGUCCCCUGGUUUACAUGGAAGUUGGAGCCAUCACGCUCCGGUUCUGUUCGUCUAAUGCACGUUUUGUCCUAAACACUGGAGUCAGGUUAAGGAGAAAGGCAGAAGAAGCUGAAUCAACAGUGUCUGUGUCGGAGGCAGAAGAUUUGACACCUGAGAAAUAUAAAAAAACAAAAAAAGAAAAACGGGAGUUUUGGAAGUGACUGUAGUUCAUAUAUUUACUGUAAAUCUUUUCCUUUUUUCUUUCUUUUUUUUAUAAUUAACCAAUAUAAAGAAAUAUGUACGUAUGAAUAAAUAUAUACCUAUAUUA